UGGCUAGGAGUUUCCUUUUGUAAUAAUCGUCUUGUUUGUUAUUUAGGCUCCAAGAUUUAGCGUGGACAGGCUUGAACCUCAGGAUAACCCAUCUGAGGCGAGAGCGCUCAUCACAAGGCUCACCGAGGAAAAGAACUCUGCGGUUCAACUGAACAAUAGACUUCAACAAGAAUUGGAGCAGUUGAAGCGUGGAAGCAAUAGAAGCCAGAGUGGUGGUGGAAUCCCGUUCAUGUACGUUCUUUUGGUAGGACUAAUAGGCCUAAUCUUGGGAUACAUUAUGAAGAGGACAUGAUCACGUUGGUAAAACUAUACUACCACACCCACAUCAAAAGUGGCUUCCGCAAAAAAAAACCAAAAACCAAAAGACAUGGAAAAGAAAAUUCAAAACUGUGUCAGAAUGACAUUCAGUCUUUGUCUUUAUCCUCUUUCAUUUCACCUUUGGUUGAAUCUCAAACCUAGUUGCCUUAGAGUAUUGAUUGUGUUACGGUUUUCAUAAGACUUUUUUUUCCAACAUUUGUAAUCCAAAAGACAUAAUUUUGUUUCUGUGUGUUCUCUCCUCCUCUUAACUUCUUCUCGUCUCCGUUUUCUGUACUUGUUAGAAAUAAAAUAAAACAUUAUCACUGAACAAUAGUUUGAGGAUGAUAAAACUCUAGCUGAGCCAGAGGGUUUAGGCCAACCGCUAAUUCUAUCUCGCACUUCUGCUAAAAUACAAAACUCGCCGAGUAAUUCAGCUAAUCACAGACAUACACAGAGAUUCCGACAUGAUGAUGUGAUGAGUUUCAAACAGAACACUUCCCUUGUUCGGUGUCUUAAUUUUCUCGCGUCACAAAUUCAGAAAGGCAAUGGCGUCUUUUGUUGAAGUCUGUAGGUACAACAAACCGGUACCACCGGUUUUAUCGACUUCUCUCUCUAUAUGCCCAUGCCGUGUAUCCAUUAGGAAAACCCUAAAUCUCCCACCUUUCGCCGAGUAUACGAGCCUACGUCUGGUCCGUGAUGCCAAAACCAACCCUUUGCUUCGUUCCCUCCUUGGUCGGAUUCCUGUUAAACGCCGUUUCCUCACGGCCGUUAGUCGAGCUGAAUCAGACCAUCUUGGUGAUGGCAAUUCAAAGAAUGUGGAAGAAGAUAAGCAGAAGAAAGCAAGCCAGCUUAAGAAAAGAGUCAUCUUUGGCGUCGCCAUUGGGUUACCUGUUGGAGGUGUUGUGUUAGCUGGAGGAUGGGUUUUCACAUUAGCCUUAGCAGCUUCUGUUUUCAUUGGUUCUCGUGAAUAUUUCGAGCUCGUUAGAAGUAGAGGCAUAGCUAAAGGAAUGACUCCUCCUCCUAGAUAUGUAUCUCGUUUUUGCUCUGUUAUAUGCGCUCUUAUGCCCAUCCUUACACUGUACUUUGGUAACAUUGAUAUAUGGGUGACAUGCGCAGCCUUUGUUGUUGCAAUGGCUUUGUUAGUACAGAGAGGAAACCCGCGUUUUUCUCAGCUUAGUAGUACAAUGUUUGGCUUGUUUUACUGUGGCUAUCUCCCUUGUUUUUGGGUUAAGCUUCGUUGUGGUUUAGCUGCUCCUGCGCUCAACACUGGUAUUGCAAGGACUUGGCCAAUUUUUCUUGGUGGUCCACCUCAGUGGACAGUUGGACUUGUGGCAACGUUGAUCUCAUUCAGUGGUGUAAUUGCCACAGACACAUUUGCUUUUCUCGGUGGCAAGGCGUUUGGUAGGACACCUCUGACUAGUAUUAGUCCCAAAAAGACAUGGGAAGGGACUUUUGCUGGACUUGUUGGUUGUAUAGUCAUUACCCUUCUACUCUCUAAGUCUCUGUCUUGGCCUCAGUCUCUGUUCAGCUCUAUUGCUUUUGGGUUUAUUAACUUCUUUGGGUCAGUCUUUGGUGAUCUUACUGAAUCAAUGAUCAAACGUGAUGCCGGGGUCAAAGACUCUGGUUCACUUAUCCCUGGACAUGGUGGGAUAUUGGACAGGGUUGAUAGUUACAUUUUCACCGGUGCAUUAGCUUACUCGUUCAUCAAAACAUCCCUUAGACUUUACGGAGUUUGAUGAUGAUCUACGAUAGCUUCAAGAAAACUUAUUUCAAGGGGCUCCACGGUACAACCUAGCUGUAAAAAAAUAAAAAUAUGGUGCAUUGUUCAGUGUUGUUGCCAUUUGAGAGAUGCGGAAGACUUGUAGGAGGUGUGAAAAGCAGAGUAUGUGACUAUCUGGUUCAGUGCAACUACCGGUUUGGGUUUGGUUAAUGUUUUGACAGUUGAGUUGCCAAAGCUUUAAUUAGUAUUUAAUUUUGUAUUCAUAGGAAUUUGGUACUCCGUACAUAAAUGUGAUAAAUUCUUAACAACUCUUUUUAUUUUUAAUGAAGAAGUGUAUGAUAGUUUGACCUUAA